AGUGGCUACGACGUUCCGCUGAGCCCUCUUCAUUUGGUGCCUUUCUAUGCUGGGGCCCGUUUUCAUGAUUUCCAUCACAUGAACUUCAUUGGCAAUUACGCUUCCACCUUCGCGUGGUGGGACAGAAUCUUUGGUACAGACUCUCAAUUCGUUGCCUGUAAAGAAAAAGAGAAGAAGCAACAACUCAUAACAAAGAAGGCGGCUAACUAAAUUCACAGUGUAAAAAUUCUGAUGCUAAUACUGGUAGUCAACUUUUGCUUUUCUGUAAAGCAAAAUAGCGAUCGGGUGUUAAGCAUAAAUCUUGUUCCUUGGCUACUAAGUGGUAGGGAGAAACGGCUAAUUAUGCUGCAGUAUCUUCCUAAUGGGAAUGCUUUCCAUUUUAUACGUAAGUACUGCAUAUAUUUUAACUACGGAUUUAAAGAUGAUGCAAAAAAAAUGAG